UCACCAAUUCCACGGUGUGGUGAGCCGCGGGGCUGUUCAAACCUGAUGUGAAUUCUGGUGUGUGUAGAGACUCAGCUCGUCGUUGCCACGCCAGUGCCACCACCUUGACUCCGCAUCCCUGGCAACGUGUGUGUGUGCAGGCCGCCGUGGAGAGUGAAGCGUGUUUGCAGAUAAGCGAGGAAGAUAAUUAGACAUUGACAGAGACAUUUAAUUUAUUACAACUAAUGAAAAUGUGGCGCAGAAAGGUAACAGCCGUGCCUUCAGUGUGUUGGCUGAUCCUGGGACGAUGAGACGGUGCCCGCGGGUUCACGCUGCAGCGGCCUAAGCUGGGGGAUCGGGCGAUAAGCCCCGCCUCCGCCAUGACGUCAUCCCCCAUGCGGCCGCCUGGCUUCAGGGAGUGCUAUGUGUGCCAAAGAGAGUACGGAUCCCGCUCCAUAGAGAUCCAUGAGCCGCAGUGCCUGGAGAAGUGGAGGGCUCGCAACGCCAGCCUCCCAAAGAGCAGGAGGGAGGCCACGCCGUCGCCGCCUCCGGGCCACCCCCUCCACGAGGCGCAGCAGCAGCAGGGCGACAUGUCCCCCUCGCCCGCCGCCUACACGCCCACUUCUGACCCGGACGAUCUAAGCACCUCCUGGUCUGACGCCCGCAAACGCCGCCCUAAGGCCAAUGGCCGCCCUCGCUCUUCCUCUUUCAACCACCCCGCCCGGAGGAAUCGCCCCAGCACCGCCACUCUCAGGAAGCCCAAGGUGCUGGACGCGAGCCUCAGGGAAGCGGUGGACAUGAGUGAGAUGACCCGCAGCAUGGUGGACCAACUCAUCCUCUCCCGCGAGAACCAAUCCACCUUCAGCGACUACUCCAGUGACUUUACCUCCGCUUCCUCGUCCUCCUCUCCCUCUUCCGUGGGUAGCAAGAGUCCUUUUGACGACUCUGGCGACUCAGAGAGCGAGGCGAGGCAGGGGCGGCCCUCCACCAUGCGUCUCCCCCGGCCGACUCGGAACAUCGCAGUGCCUGUCAUCACGGCCGCCUCCCGCCCCAGCAGGAGAACCUCCAACCUGCGGACCUUCGUCUCCAAGGGGCGGCGGCGAUAUAUUGAAGAGGUGUUCACGGGACCAAAAAACAAAGUGAAGAUUCCUGAGCCGUGCCUGACGUGUGGGAAGGAGCAGAACCCGGAGAGGUUUCACAGCCACCCGCUCCACAUGCAGAAGUUUAAACCCAAGCCGGUGGAGGAGGAGAAGAAGAUCAAGCCUCACGACAAGAGGAUCGUGACCAAGCCCACGGCCCUAAAGUUCAAGAGCCGACCCGACGAGGAGAACAAGAAGUCACGGAGCAAGAAGAACAAAGACAAAAAAUCCCAGGGUUCCUUAAAGCAAAUUCACAGUGCUGACAGUUCUCCGACUCUCUCUAAGAAACAAGACAACAGGAUAAAGGAUGUGCCUCUAAAAACGUUCAUUCAUAAUCAAAAGGCUUCCAUUAAAAAAGGACCAAAGGACCUUAACAUUGAGAUAUUCGAGGCUGACGCCUUGCCUAAAAAGAGUGACACUAAAGCCAGUUUGUUGCCUCAGAGGAUAAAAGAUCCCUCGAGAAAGGAAAACAAGGAAAACAGUGAAAAGAAGGACAACCGAGAGAGCGGUGAGAAAAAGCAGUCUCCCAAAGCGGCGCCGUCACAUCCUCCUCGAGAGAUUAAUAAGAUCGAAGAGGAGAGUGAGGACGCCCGCAACAGUGCCUCCAAGAACAGUGCCUCCAAGGAGCGUGGCGGCAGCGGCUCCUCCCUCAAGCAGGCGCCCACCCUCGUCUGCUACAUCUGCGGCAGGGACUUCGGCACCAGGUCCAUCGGCAUCCACGAGCCGCAGUGCCUUGAGAAGUGGAAGAGGGAGAACGAGCGCCUGCCCAAGAACCUCCAGCGUCCCGUGCCAGAGAAGCCCUCGACGGAGCUGACGCAGGAAGAGUGGAACCAGUUCGCAUGGGAGACUUCGCAGGCUCAGCUUGUGCCGUGUGAGUGGUGUGGACGCACCUUCUUCCCAGAGCGUUUGGAGGUUCAUCAGCGAGGGUGCAAGCCGCCACCCGGAGCACCCAAGAAGACUCGUCCUGAUCCCGCUGCUUCGUCCUUCAACGCGCCCAUGAACGCCGCGAAGCCCACCGUCGUGUGCUACAUCUGCGGGCGGGAGUUCGGCACCGUGUCCAUCGGCAUCCACGAGCCGCAGUGCCUGAAGAAGUGGCGGCUGGAAAACGACAGCCUCCCGCCCAACCUGCAGCGGGAGGAGCCGCGCAAGCCGGAGGUCGUUUACGAUGACGAAGGCAAAGUUGAUCGCGAGGCAAUGGCUGAGGCGGCGUGGAAGACCCAUCUGGAGACGCUGGUCAAGUGCGAGAACUGCGGCCGCACCUUCUUCCCCGACCGACUAGUGGUUCAUCAGAAAUCGUGUCUGCCGAAGGAGACAUGAGAUAUUUUUGUGUAUAUGUAUUUUUUCCGUCCAUUGUUGGUGACUCGCUCGUGAUGUGUGUGUGUGUGUGUGUGUGUGUGUGUGUGCUCUCACGUAAUUGUUUUCGAAGAGAUUGCAAGUGGUUUAAUUUUCUGUAUGCUACAUCGUUUGUGAUCACCGAAGGCUUUUAGUUACCAUACCCUGUGCUGUGUUUACUCCGUCCGCAUCAUCGUAGACUGAACUCAAUAAUAUUACUCAGGUCAAAGAGUCAGGGCACGACAGUUUUGCUUCUAGAGCUUUAGUGUUUUGUUCUAAUGUAUUACCUUAAUAUUGGUAAAGUAAUAUGGUUCCUUUUAUUCUAUUUUUUUUCUUCGGAAAAUGGUGUUUAACCACGUUACUAAGUCCUAUUUCUAUAUGUUUUUAUUUUUCAUUAUUUUUUUUUUUAUGAAGCCAACUAAAGGUGCAGUCCAUGUAGCCUUAUGCUGUGCCAGGGAACGUACAGCAAAAUGCGGCGCGACGCUCCGCUGCCUAAAGAAGAACGACUCCUCAGGGCGGCAGCCAUGACAAGCAGGACACCAGCAUUUCAUGCUACAUGGGGGAGGGAAAAAAUAUGAAAAUUCACCGAAGCUGUCUGACAGGUUGAUGAUGAAUCUAUGAAUGUGAAAAAAAACGUAGGAUACAUUAGUUCAGGGGUGUAUAUCUCCAGUGGUUGCCAGUCCUGCGAUGGCAGCCAACCAUUGUGAAGACACCGUCUCCUCGCUGAGGAGCCCUGGCGUCAGACCCCUUUGGGUGUCGAGCUUCUUGAAGGAGAAUUGCUCCGUUCACCCAAAAAGCAAUACGUUCCUCUUUAUUGCUUUGCCAAUGGACCAACACCUUAUUACCCAACGAAACAGUAGAAGAAAGAAACUUUAGAAACAAACUUUAGAAUAUAUUUCUAAAGGAAAAGACAUGUUAGGCAUAGUAAUGAACGGGGUUUUGGAUCCUAAUUUAUUUUUUUAAGUGAUAUUUAGUUUAACCUUUCUAUUUCCAGUAAUAUCAUCUAUAUGUAACGCUUUCGAAAUGACAGCCGGCUCUAGUGAAGCUUGAGAGCACACACGAAAAAGAACCUUGGCUGCCCAACACUGAUCUCCCUCCGUCCUGGUGUGUGUGUGUGUGUGUGAGAGAGAGAGAGAGAGAGAGAGAGAGAGAGAGAGAGAGAGAGAGAGAGAGAGAGAGAGAGAGAGAGAGAGAGAGAGAGUUACUGUGUUUAUCUUGUCAUGUGGUCAGGCAGUAAUUUAGUCCCUGAUAAACGGAGUGUAGAAUGUGUGCACCACAACAUAAAUGUGUAAAUAGGUAACAAAGAACAUGUUUUUACAGUGUAUGGGGUUUAUCUAUUAUUUUAAAGAAAAUUCAAUCAUUGAAUGUUGGUUUACAGUGAAUGUACUAUAUUUAACUUUGAUCUCGAAAGGAAGCAUCAGUCACUUAUACCGUUAUCGGUUUUUCAGACGUUUUAGCAACUACAGGUAAUUGCCAUCACUGAACAUCUCGUACAACUGUACGGCCGUAAAAUUCAUACUUAAAAAUACAGUUAUUUUGUAA